AUUACACAAAAACUAAGUGCCGAGGGAAGAAGUUAUGGAAAAAUUGGCAUAGAGAUAAAUAAAUUAUAAUAAAUAACAAAAAUUGUGUAUGAAAUAUUAAUAAUAAUUGUUGUUACUGUGUGAACUGCAGAAGUGAUUAGACAACCCAUCGAAUUUUUAAGAAACGAUGUUCGUUUAUUUUUAAUUGUUUAAUAGAAAGGAUCUCGUGUUUAAUAAAAAUCAUACGCUCGUAAUAAUAACUUUAUUACCAAUUUAUAGUAUAAAUUAUACUGUAUUCAUUAGUUAAGUAAUAAGUGUACAUAUACGUAGUAAUUUAAUAAACAUGGGCUGCACUACUUCAGCUGAAGAACGCGCUGCUAUCCAACGUUCAAAGCAAAUCGAAAAGAAUCUCAAGGAAGAUGGCAUACAAGCGGCGAAGGAUAUUAAGCUCUUGUUACUUGGUGCUGGUGAAUCUGGCAAAAGCACAAUAGUUAAACAAAUGAAAAUUAUCCACGAGAGCGGGUUUACUCCGGAAGAUUUCAAACAGUAUCGGCCAGUUGUGUACAGCAACACAAUACAAUCAUUAGUUGCAAUACUUAGAGCAAUGCCAAACCUCAGUAUUCAGUAUAGCAAUAAUGAGCGAGAAAGCGACGCGAAAAUGGUGUUUGAUGUAUGUCAACGUAUGCAUGAUACGGAACCCUUUUCAGAGGAACUUCUAGCUGCUAUGAAAAGAUUGUGGCAAGAUUCUGGUGUUCAAGAAUGCUUCUCACGUAGCAACGAAUAUCAAUUAAAUGAUUCCGCUAAAUAGUAAGUGAUUUUAUUAUAA